AUGGCCCCGCUCGGUCGACUCCACACGGGUGAAGAUGGUGCACCUACGGAUUUAGUUGUCGAAUACUGCGCACAACGUGCUACUGACGGAGGACUGAUCAUCGCUGAAGCCACGAACAUUAGCCCCACCGCUCGACACUACUUUGGUGGGCCUGGCCUCUUUAGCCAAGACCAGAUCAAGGGCUGGAAGCUCGUAACGAAGUCCAUCCAAGAUAAGGGUGGCAAGGUCUUUGUCCAGCGCUUUCACUCGGGUCGUGUGGGUAACCCAUUACACCAGCCGUACGGGCAGCUACCCGUCUCCUCGAGCGCUGCAAAGUUAGAUAAAGAAGAGCAGUCAAUUGUGAAAGUGCAACCUACCCUCAAUACGGUUGCACAGGGGCAAUUAGGGCCCCAACCUCAGCAGUUCCACGUCAUCUAUAUCUUGGACAAGGUCCUUGGUCUGGUUGUGGGCGGGGCGUUGUCUAAGACAACGACUGCAGCGGGGCUGCCGUAG